AUGGUACAGCUGAAAAAAGGUGGCUAUGAGGACAUUGUUAUUGCAAUUAACCCGCGUUUACCAGAAGAUGACAAGAUCAUUGAAAACAUACAGGUAAGAACGCUGGCGUUCAUCUGCAUGUCAUUCAGAGACACCAGAGUUUUUGUACAUGAAUGGGCUCAUCUUCGGUGGGGGGUGUUUGAUGAAUAUAAUUAUGAUGCACCGUUCUAUGCAUCUGAAGACUCUGGGGAAGCAAGGGCUGAAGCAACAAGGUGUUCAGCUAGUAUUGCUGGUCGAUAUAUAUACCAUAAUUGCCACGGAAACAGAUGCGCAACUAGGAAAUGCAACUACGAUGAAGCGACCAACCUGUUUGAACCUGGAUGUCAGUUUGUGCCAGAAAAACAACAAACUGCCUCAGCAUCUAUAAUGUACAUGCAAAGCUUACCUUCUGUGGUUAAAUUCUGCAAUAAACACAGUCAUAAUGAAAAAGCUCCAAAUAUGCAGAACAAAAUGUGUAACUACAAAAGCACAUGGGAAGUAAUUAUGAACUCUACUGACUUCAGCAAUGCCUUGCCAAUAGACAGCUCUCAUCCUCCAUCUGAGCCCUCUUUUGUACUGUUACAGGCCAAGGACAGAGUAAUCUGUCUAGUGCUGGAUGUUUCUGGGAGUAUGGAUGCUCAUAAUCGGAUUACACGGCUCCAUCAGGCUGCGAUGCAGAUUAUUGAAAUCGGUUCCUGGGCUGGAAUUGUCACUUUCUCAUUUUCAGCAACAGUUCAAACUAACCUACAAAAAAUAGUCAGUGAAAAUGUGCGCCAGGACCUUAUCAAAUACCUGCCUACAAGAGCUGAUGGAGGAACUAAGAUCUGUGCAGGCGUACGGCAAGGAUUUCAGGUGAUUAAGACAAAGUUCUCAAACACAGAUGGGUCUGAAAUUGUGUUGCUGACAGAUGGAGAAGACACUACUAUGAGCAAUUGCCUUGAGGAGGUGAGAAGGAGUGGAUCAGUCGUUCACACCAUUGCUUUAGGGCCACAGGCAGCCCCGGAACUAGAACAAUUUUCGAAAAUGACAGGAGGUUUGCAGUAUUCUGCUACAGACGCCCUGGAAUCCAGUAGUCUAAUUGAUGCAUUCAGUGGGAUUUCAUCAGGAAGUGGAAAUAUUUCUCAACAACCUAUUCAGCUUGAAAGCCAAGCUCUCCAAGUUGCAGUUAGUCAGUGGAUGAAUGGGUCAGUGAUUGUUGACAGCACUGUAGGAAAUGAUACCUUCUUCGUAGUUAUGUGCAGUGGGUCUUUACCAAGCAUUUUCCUCACAGACCCUAAAGGAAAACAGUAUAAAAAUAUUAACUUUACCACUAGUACUGCAAACCCCAGAACAGCUCGACUCACUAUAGCAGACACCGCAGAGUGGGGAAACUGGCAUUAUCAGAUUCAAAAUACAUAUACAGCCCCUCAAGUCAUAUCAAUGACAGUAACCACUCGAGCAGCAUCUUUGGAUGUGCCUCCAGUGACUGUGAGAGCUCACAUGAAUAAAGAUACAAACAGUGUUCCUAGUCCAAUGGUUAUUUAUGCAGAAGUUAGCCAAGGGUUCUUGCCUGUUCUUGGUGCAACUGUGAUAGCCACUGUUGAAACUCAGGCUGGAACUGCAGUAGAUCUGGAACUUUUUGACAAUGGCUCAGGUGCUGAUGUUGCCAAGAAUGAUGGAAUCUAUUCCAGGUUCUUCACAUCUUUACAGGCAAAUGGUAGAUACAACUUGAAAGUUUGUGUCCAUGGAAGAGAUAAAACUGUCAGAUUUGGCACGAGACAAAGUCGAGCCUUGUAUGUGCCAGGCUACAUAGAGAACGGUACAAUCCAAAUGAAUGCACCAAGACCUGAAGUUAAUAAUGAGGAAAUUCAGGCAAAACUAGGAAGCUUCAGCAGAACAGCAUCAGGAGGUUCUAUUGUAGUGAGUGGAGUGGAAGGAGGAUAUGCUGAUAUAUUUCCACCCUGUAAAAUUAUGGAUCUGGAGGCUCAUAUAGAAGAUGAAAGCAUUCACUUAUCAUGGACAGCUCCAGGGGGAGACCUUGACAUGGGACAAGACUCUUCAGUUCCUGGGUUUGCCGGCGCCAAAGAAUCAUUUCAAUUUAAACCAGAAAAUAUGACAGUAGAAAAUGGUACCAUAAUCUAUAUUGCAGUACGUGCCAUAGAUAAUGCCUCCUUGACCUCAGAACCAUCUAAUAUAGCACAAGCUGCCUUGUUUUUGCCUCCAAGAGGGCAUUUAGAGCCUGAACUGGGGAAGGCAUCCCCAAGAGACCCACAGGGUCAAGAAGAGGAGCGGAGGCAGCUCCGUGGGAGGUGGCAUCUCGAAGAAAAG